AUGAGACAACUUGUAGCAAAUAAGUCUAGACCGAAGUUGUACACUGAACAACCUCGUGAAUGGGACAGAUUAAUUCCACCAGUAUUGUUUGCCUUUCGUGAAAUACCCAACAAUACACUGAAGCUUUCAUCUUUCGAGUUACUAAAUUCCUCAGAAGAGAUUGCGAGCAUGAUACUAAAACCAAAAGUUUGCCAAAUUUGUAUCGUGGAUGACCAUCCGAUAAGCAACGACGUGUGUGACACAGCCGUGUCAGAUAAUCCCACAACAAAAUUUAGCAUUACUCAGAAUUCGAGCAAUGAGCAGAAACAACAAAUGAAUGAGCUGCUUAAAUCUUUUGAUGAGGAAGUACAAAGAAUGCUCAGACUGGAUGUCGUCGAACCAUCUACCUCGCCCUAUUGUUCUCCCGUAGUCUUAGUGAAGAAGGCAAAUAAUACACUUAGGUUUUGUGUGGACUUCAGAUCCCUUAAUGAUAUAGAUGCCAAGCCAAUGCCGACGAUAGAUGAAGCUCUAGGUAAUUUCAUAGGAGACAAAUAUUUUUCAGAGAUUGAUACAUGCAAGGGCCCCCAAAUAAGGGAGAGGCUGAAAAUCCUUGAAACUGCUCCUCCAGGUCAAAGAUGA